UGCUGUCUGCGUGACAGAGUGACGUUUCGAAUUUCUGUACAAGCUGUUCCCCGUCCUUUUGUGAAGCAGAAUUUAAAAAAGACUAUUGAAGAGUAUAGGACAGAAAUUCGAAACGUCACUCUGUCACGCAGACAGCAGCAGUCGUUAUUCUUCUACCAUCAUAGAUUCUAUCUUUGAUUAGAUGCCUUAUUUGAACUUCCAGGAAACUCUUUUAGUUUCCGCUAGUAUGCUUCACCUAGUACAGGUCGGGAGAUAGGAGGCGUUGGAUGUAUAGGGAAUAAUACAGGUAGAGAAGGUAUGGAAGGUGUGGGUGUGAGUGUGAGUGCAUCUAUUGUUGUCACCUACACCCACACCCACACCCUUCAAGCUUUAAAACACAAAUAAAAGUAAAUGAGUACAUGCUUUGCAUGAUGACCGGCGAAUUGGUUACUUUUUCAGAAAAGAUCUACCGAUUGACGUCUUCAUAAAUUCGUCUCUAUAAAAGCUGGAGGAUGAUACUUGAAGAUAGUAGUUUAGAGCAUGUGGAAGGUAGUUAGUAAAAUGCGCAGUGAGUAGUAAAUAACGCUGCUAAGCUAGACCCAUUUCAGAACAUGCGAACGAGAACGACAUGAUAAAUUGUGGUGAUCCACAUAAAAUCGGCAUUAGCGAAGGCAAAAAUAAGUCUAUGUGUUUUAAAAAUUGUUUUUCGUAGAUGGUGGCUCGUGUUUCACUACGUGUUCCUUUAAUUGGUGGUUGUGAAAUAAAUACAAUUAAUAAGCAAACCGAUACGGUAUUAAUAAAGAAUGGAAAAACAUAA